GAACCAGCGACACACACCACCCCCUCAUCGCCUAUGCACCCGGAAUUGUAGUUGAUGGGGCAGAAUCCGAGUCGCAGCCAUGAGGAUUACAGAGAUUAUCAUUGAUGGCUUCAAAUCGUACGCCGUGCGUACGGUUAUCUCAGGAUGGGACGAUUCCUUCAACUCCAUCACCGGUCUGAACGGUAGUGGAAAGUCCAACAUUCUCGACGCCAUCUGUUUCGUUCUCGGUAUCACGAACAUGAGCACAGUCCGCGCCCAGAAUCUCCAGGAUCUCAUCUACAAGCGCGGUCAGGCCGGUGUCACCAAGGCCAGCGUGACCAUCGUCUUCGACAACCGCGACACGGCCAAGUCGCCCAUCGGCUUCGAAGAAUAUGCGACCAUCUCCGUCACGCGCCAGAUCGUCCUCGGCGGCACGAGCAAGUACCUCAUCAACGGCCAUCGCGCGCAGCAGCAGACCGUGCAGAACCUGUUCCAGAGCGUGCAGCUGAAUAUCAACAAUCCCAAUUUCCUGAUCAUGCAGGGCAAGAUUACCAAGGUGCUGAAUAUGAAGGCGGUCGAGAUCCUGUCGAUGAUCGAGGAAGCGGCCGGUACGCGGAUGUUCGAGGAUCGGAGGGAGAAGGCGGUGAAGACCAUGAGCAAGAAGGAGCUCAAACUGCGGGAGAUCGAAGAGUUGCUGAAGGAGGAAAUCGAGCCGAAGCUGGAGAAGCUCCGGUCCGAGAAGCGAGCAUUCUUGGAUUUCCAGCAGACCCAGAAUGACCUGGAGCGCUUGACACGACUGGUUGUGGCUCACGAUUACCUGAAGAGCAAUGAGCGACUGCGUGUGACGUGGGAGGAGUGUGAGAAUAAGAGACGGAGGGUGCAGGAUCUCGAAGACAGCGCAACGAAGCUCAAGGGUGAGAUCGCCCACUUGGAGGACGAUGUGAAGAGAGUUAAAGCCGCUCGUGAUAAGGAGCUCCGUAAGGGCGGCAAGUUUCAAGCUCUGGAAGAUGAAGUAAAGUCCAACUCGCACGAGCUUGUCCGAUUGACUACGGUAUUCGACCUCAAGAACGCUAGCAUCGCCGAGGAGGAGGAGAAAAUGAAGGAAUCCCAGAAAGCAGUUAGCGACCUGGAAAAGGCUCUCAAGGAGAAGAAGAAGGUUUACGACAAGAUGCAGGCCGAGUUCGAUGCCGCAAAAGCGGAAUUGGACGCCCAGACCUCUGAGGUGGAGCAGAAAGAGGAACUUCUGCAAACACUCCAGACCGGUGUGGCUUCAAAAGAAGGCCAGGAGAGCGGUUAUCAGGGUCAGCUGCAGGAUGCUCGUAAUCGUGCUAGCGCAGCAGCGACGGAACAGGAGCAAGCCAAAUUGAAGAUCGCGCACUUGGAAAAGAGAAUCAAGGAGGAAGAGCCUAGAGCGAAAAAGGCAAAAGAGCAAAAUUUGGGUCUUCUCAAAGAACUGGAAGGCUUGAAGUCUCAGGCGAAGAAGCUAGAAGCCGAGCUUACUAGGCUGGGAUAUGAGCCAGGCAGAGAAGAACAACUCAACCAAGAGCAGGCGGAGCUGCAAAGGGACAUCCGUGAGCUGCGCCGGAGAGCUGACGAGCUCCAGAGAAAGGUCGCAAAUAUCGAUUUCCAAUACGCUGAUCCUCACCCUCAUUUCGAUCGCUCAAAGGUAAAGGGUCUUGUCGCACAGCUUUUUGCCUUGGACAAGGAGAAGGUUCAAGCUGCAACUGCGUUGGAGAUUUGCGCCGGUGGACGCUUGUACAACGUUGUCGUCGAUUCUGCCGAGACUGGUACGCAACUUCUGAAGAACGGCAGGCUUAAGAAGCGUGUGACAAUUAUUCCCUUGAACAAGAUCUCCUCUUUCAGGGCCUCCGCAGAGAAGAUUGGAGCUGCUCAGAACAUCGCUCCUGGUAAGGUUGACCUUGCCUUGUCACUAAUCGGAUACGACGAGGAAGUUACGGCGGCAAUGAACUAUGUUUUUGGCAAUACCUUGAUCUGCCAGGACGCUGAGACGGCCAAGCGUGUUACUUUCGAUCCCUCCGUCCGCAUCAAGAGUGUAACGCUCGAAGGCGACGUCUAUGACCCUUCGGGUACACUGUCUGGUGGUAGUUCCCCGAACUCAAGUGGUGUGCUCGUGACGCUCGGGAAAUUGAAUGAGAUCACCAGAGAGAUCCGCAGCAAAGAGCGACUCCUCGCCACCGUCGAAGAGACCAUGAAGAAGGAGAAAAAGAAGCUUGACGCAGCCCGAACGAUCAAGCAGGACCUGGAUCUCAAAACACACGAGAUCAAGCUUACAGAAGAGCAGAUCAGCGGCAACUCGUCUUCAACGAUCAUUCAAGCCGUCGAAGAGAUGAAAGCGAAUAUCGAGCAGCUGAAGCAGAAUAUUGCCGACGCGAAGACUCGACAGACCGAAGCAUCCAAGGAUAUCAAGCGAAUCGAAAAGGAUAUGAGCGAGUUCAACGACAACAAGGACAGCAAGCUGGCAGAGCUGCAAGCCUCUCUGGACUCUCUCAAGAAGAAGCUUGCUAAGAACUCCAACUCUGUAAAGACCCUACAGAAGGAGCUCCAGAAUUCCAGGUUGGAGUUGGAACAGGUUGGCAGUGAUCUGUCCGCCGCGGAGGAGCAGAGCUCCGAAGCUGAAAAUACACUGAAGGCUCAGUUGGACGAGGUUAAGUCAUUGAAGAGAGAACAGGCCCGGGUCAAGGAUGCACACGACAUUGCACAGGCUCAGCUUGAAGACGAGCGAGCCAAGCUUACCGGCUUUGAUAACGAACUACGCGAGCUCGAAGUGGCGAUGAAAUCCAAAGGCUCCCAGAUAACUGAAGGCGGCCUUGAGAUGCAGAAGUUGGGCCAUCAGCUGGAGAAACUACAAAAGGACCAGCAGGUGGCUGCGCAGACGGUUGCCCAUAUGGAAAACGAGCAUGAGUGGAUCGCGGACGAGAAGGAUAGCUUUGGACGAUCCAACACGCCUUACGACUUCAAAAAUCACAACAUCGCCGAGUGCAAAUCAACUCUACGGAAUCUCACGGAGCGGUCCCAGGGUAUGAAGAAGAAGAUCAACCCCAAGGUCAUGAACAUGAUCGAUAGCGUGGAGAAGAAGGAAGCUGCGCUGAAGAACAUGAUGAAGACUGUCAUUCGGGACAAGAGCAAAAUCGAGGAAACGAUCAUUAAUCUGAAUGAAUACAAAAAAGAGGCUCUUCACAAGACAUGGGUUAAGGUCAACGGUGACUUCGGUCAGAUCUUCUCAGAACUUCUGCCGGGCAGUUUCGCCAAGCUGGAUCCUCCAGAAGGCAAGGAUAUCACCGAUGGUCUGGAAGUCAAGGUCUCUUUGGGUAAGGUCUGGAAGCAGAGCUUGACGGAACUGAGUGGUGGACAAAGCAGGUCUCUCAUUGCCCUUUCCUUGAUCAUGGCGCUGCUGCAAUUCAAGCCGGCCCCUAUGUACAUUCUGGACGAGGUUGAUGCCGCUUUGGAUCUUUCACACACACAGAAUAUCGGUCGCUUGAUCAAAACGCGGUUCAAGGGAUCUCAGUUCAUCGUGGUGUCGCUGAAGGAUGGUAUGUUCCAGAACGCCAACCGUAUCUUCCGCACGAGAUUCAGCGAGGGUACCAGUGUGGUUCAAGCCUUGACUGCUGCGGAUCUCAGAUGA